AUGGGCAGUGCCGCCUCCGCUCGGCUCACGGAGGGCGUCGCAGGCGCCAGCGUGGCGGAGUUGGCGAGUUCCGCGAAGGAGUUGUCCAGCGAGGAGCGGAGCCAACUCCUCGCCGCCAUCGCGCGCUUGGAGGUGCUGGGGACCUACCUCGCCAGCGCCAGCAACGGGGACUGGGGCGACUACGACAUCCGGCUCGAGAUCGGUGAGGCGAAGGCCGAGGUGAACAUCACGCGGUGCGACUUCAGGGACAGCCCGGCCAAACAAUGGGAGUACGAGGGCGCCUGGAGCAUGUCAGGCGACCUCCUCACCUUCACUCCUUCCGACGAGAAGAAGGCUGCGGAGGACGAGGAGAACAAAUUCCCGAUGAGGUUCAAGAUCCAAGGUGACGGUGCGCUGGCGAAGAUUAAGGAGGAUGGGACGGUGGACAUGAUCCAGGGAGGCUACGACGGAAAGCCAGUGCCUGCUAUCCUCAAAAAGAAGAAGAAGGUGUAG